AUGGCUGAGGACUGGCUGGACUGCCCAGCCCUGGGCCCCGGCUGGAAGCGCCGUGAGGUUUUUCGCAAGUCAGGUGCCACCUGCGGACGCUCAGACACCUACUACCAGAGCCCCACAGGAGACAGGAUCCGAAGCAAAGUUGAGCUGACCCGAUACCUGGGCCCUGCAUGUGAUCUCACCCUCUUUGACUUCAAACAAGGCGUCCUCUGCUAUCCAUCCCCCAAGGCUCAUUCCUUGGCCAUCACCAGCAGGAAGCGGAAGAAGCCUUCGAAGCCAGCCAAGGCUCGGAAGUGUCAGGUUGGACCUCAGAAGAGUGAAGUCAGGAAGGAGGCACCAAGGGAUGACACCAAGGCUGACACUGACACAGUCCCAGCUUCACUUCCUGCACCUGGGUGCUGUGAGAACUGUGGAAUCAGCUUUUCAGGAGAUGGUACCCGAAGGCAGCGGCUCAAGACUUUGUGCAAGGACUGCCGAGCACAGAGAAUCGCUUUCAAUCGGGAGCAGAGGAUGUUUAAGCGUGUGGGCUGUGGGGAGUGCACGGCCUGCCAGGUGAAGGAAGACUGCGGGGCCUGCUCCACCUGCCUCCUGCAGCUGCCCCGCGAUGUGGCCUCGGGGCUGUUCUGCAAGUGUGAGCGAAGACGGUGCCUCCGCAUUGUGGAAAGGAGCCGAGGGUGUGGCGUGUGCCGGGGCUGUCAGACCCGAGAGGACUGUGGCCGCUGUCGAGUCUGCCUUCGCCCUCCCCGCCCCGGGCUCCGGCGCCAGUGGAAGUGCGUCCAGCGGCGCUGCCUCCGGCACCUUGCUCACCGCCUCCGUCGCCACCAUCAGCGAUGUCAACGACGCCCUCCCCUCGCUGUGGCUCCCCCUGCUGGUAAACAUGGCCGCCGCAGGGGAGGCUGCGACUCCAAGGUGGUGCCCCGGCGGCGUCCACCCCGAGCCCAGUCACCGCCUCUGCCUCCACCUCCUCCACCGCAGCCUCCAGAGUCUCCAGAGCUGCACCCCAGAGCCCUGGCCCCCUCGCCACCUGCUGAAUUCAUCUAUUACUGUGUAGACGAGGACGAGCUACAGCCUUACACAAACCGUCGGCAGAACCGCAAGUGUGGGGCCUGUGCAGCCUGCCUGCGGCGGAUGGACUGUGGCCACUGCGACUUCUGCUGUGACAAGCCCAAAUUUGGGGGCAGCAACCAGAAGCGCCAGAAAUGUCGCUGGCGCCAGUGCCUGCAGUUUGCUAUGAAGCGGCUCCUGCCAAGUGUCUGGGCAGAGUCCGAAGAUGGGGCAUCGCCACCCCCAGCUCACCCUCGUCGAAAGCGGCCUGGCUCUACUCGAAGGCUCCAUCUGGGUCAGACCCUGAAGCCUCCCUUGGCCACAUCCGCAGCUCAACCAGACCGAGCCCAGACCCCCGUGAAGGAGGAAGCAGGUGGCGGCUUUGUGCUGCCCCCACCUGGCACUGACCUUGUGUUCUUACGGGAGGGUGCGAGCAGCCCCGUCCCGGUGCCUGGCCCAGCCUCAGCUGCCACAGAAGCUCGGCUGCAGGAGGCCCAGUGCCCUGGCCUGAGUUGGGUUGUGGCCUUACCCCAGGUGAAGCAAGAGAAGGCGGAUGCCCAGGAAGACUGGACACCGGGCACAGCCAUCCUGACUUCUCCUGUAUUGCUGCCCGGCUGCCCCAGCAAGGCAGUAGACCCAGGCCUGCCAUCAGUGAAGCAAGAGCCACCUGACCCUGAGGAGGACAAGGAGGACAACAAGGAUGUCUCCACCUCUGACUUGGCCCCAGAGGAGGAGGCAGGAGGGGCUGGCACGCCCGUGAUCACGGAGAUUUUCAGCCUGGGUGGAUCCCGCCUCCGGGACACAGCAGUCUGGUUGCCAAGUCUGCAGGGCAGGCAAUCGGGAAGGGAAGAUGGAUGUAAAAUGUGGGAGACGGAGGACACACUCACGCCCACGAGCACGAGCUGGAAACCGCAAGGAUGGCCUGGAAGCCAUGUCAGCCUCUCAACCACCUCCAACUUCGAUGACGUGGGUGUCCUGCAGAAGAAGCUGGUGCCCUUCAUCACAGAGUUAA